CAUGAAUACAGCUGUUCAUUGGAAAUCACGUGACCGUACGUCUUCUCAGAAAACAAAAACAGACGCGAAGCAGGGGCAGCUAGUUACAUUCGUCGGCGAGUUACGAGUUGCCAAGGUUUUCCUCCGUUGUUCGUCUGGUAUAGUUUAACGAGGGAAUUCGUAGAAAAGAAGAUUAUCGAGCUUCCUUUCCAAAGCAGAAACUUCUAAAGGAUAAGUUUCCUGAUGGCAGAAUCAGCAUCUGAUGUUGGAAAGGCUGCAUUGCAGGAAGCAGUACAUGCAACUUUUUCUGCUGGUAAUGGCGGUCGUUUCAAGUUCAAUAUCAGCACCGACAAGACAACUAGUAUCGUUGCAAUAGUGGCAGGAACUGUAGUGACCUUGGGCGGAAUAUAUGCAUAUUACAAGUAUAAGUCACGUGAACUAGAACUGCAAUACAAACAGGCUGUCAAUAAUGGGCUUGGCGGCGAAAACGAAGAUUCAGACGUGGAGGACAUUCAACCAGGAUGUCUUCACGUCUUGCUGCGAUGUUUUACUGACGAAAGAUUUCUCCAGGUUUUAGAAGAUUUUAGAACUGGAAAAACCAAAGAACGCUUAAAAAAGGAAUUUUCAAAUAUUGGAAUUGAAACUGAGGGUUUAGUGGUUGAAAUUGAAAACAUUGAAGAGGUAGAAGAAAGAGCAAAGGCCAUUAGAAGGAAAAUUGAGCAGAUAGACAAUAAAAAUCAACAUGACAGCAGCGCAACUAUUUUUAAAUCUGGGGAAACUGAAACUUCCAAAGAUUCAUCAGAUGUUUUCGACUCAAGAAAAACGAGCGAUGAUCCAGAGAAAGCAAAAGCCAUAAACACUCCCGGUGGCCUUGAAAAGCAUCCAUACUUAGUUACGAGAAGGGGGGUUGAUGAACCAGAACAAUCAGAAGCAAUAACAACAUUAGACACCACACUUCAUAUAGCAACAACACGUGAUAAACAUCCGCAAACACCUACAACGAAGUACACUUUAAACGAUGCACGAACAGUCGAUAAACAUACACUAACCGAUAAAGAAUUAACGUCCGAAGAUCAAAUACCUAAUUACAUUUUUAAAAUGUUAAUGAUAGGUGAUUACCACGUACGUGAAUUUGAAUUAAAACCAUUACUUUUUACGACUGAAAGUAAUUAUGACUCAAAUGAAAGUGAAGAUGAAGAUGAGCAAGCAGUUAAUCCAAUGGAUGCGAUACUCGGUUUAUUUCAUUGCUCUGACAGUUAUUUACGACGCUAUCUUGUCAAUAAAUUAUCUGCGUGUCAACUCAGUGUUCCAUUCCUCUUGCCAGACCCCGCAGCACCUUCGCAGAAUGUCACAAUUUUGCUAUCGGCACUAGAAAGUGUCACCAAAUUUUGGAUGGAAGGAACCAGAAUAAAACAAGUGUUUGCAACAGAACAUCCAUUUCCAGUUGUUUCUUUCAUCCGUAUCGGCAAACCAACCAUGUCAAAAUCAUCCUUGAUUAACGAAGUUAUGAGUGACGGAGGCUAUUACCAUGAAUUCUUCUUCCACAAAGAGAUGAGAGGUGGCCACUUUAAGAGGAAAGUUGUCGAUGGAUUGGUUGAGCUGAGCUGGUUUCUUCCUGGAGGAAGUGAAAAACAAACUUUACAAAAUGCAAUUUGUUUUGCGAAUCUUCGGGGAGACGCGAGAUAUUUUAAAAAGCAGCUUGAUGUACUCUCAGCAAUAUCGUCCAUAUUAUUUAUCUUAUUGCCUUCUGAAUAUGGAGAAAAAAAAGACGAAACCAUUCCAAAGAAAAUUUUAGAAGAAGCAAUACUUUCCAUCAAUCGUUGUAGUGGAAAAGCCAUCCUCGUUUUUAACGAAAAGAUACAACAAGCACAUGUAAAGGAGUAUUUCGAAGAUUCAAAAAGUGGAAAUGAAACGUUGUCUUUCAUAACGAGAGCUAAAUGGUUAAACGAUUGUCAAUUUCUUCGCAGUGUACGAGAUUAUAUUCAGAAAAAUGUAAAUAGAAAGGAAGCAUCGCCUCUUGUGGAGCUUGUGUAUCGUCUAAGUGAAAACGAUGCUCGAGUAAAUGUAAUUCAUUCAGCUGAUACAAAGGAAUACAAUACUUCUGGAAGAGAAGAUGAUAUCUACCUCGAAAAGACUCUUGUGAAAGAACUUCCUCGCCUUGAUGCCCCACCUGGAAAAGCCGAUACUCAUUUACAGGAGAGUCGUUCCAGUGAAAAUGUUAUUUACCUUGACGGUGUUUCACAUCAUUUACGUCUGGUGUUUGAAACCAAUUUUGGCAGCUGGUUAAAUCUGGAAAUAGGAAAUCCAAAAAACCUUCUGAAAUUGCAAAAUCACAUUCCAGUAUUGGCGGAGUUGGAACGUGAAAGAUACUGUCCAAAAUUUCUAAGCAGCAAAUCCAAAAGUGGAAACAUCAGAGAAGAUAUGGAUAAAAUUUAUGAAGAUAUUGCAAAGGAAAAGAUAGCCCAAAAGGAAACCCUCGAGAAACUUGAUAAAAGAAUUCUUAAUAGCCUGAAUAGUCUUGCAACGAUGAAUGAAAUUGAGCGAAAUUACACUGUGAAUAGUUUGAAACAUUGUUUGGAUAAAAUGUCUCUGCAGAUGAUGACCAAAUUGCGAGAAGACUAUGAAGAAAAGACGCACCAAAAAUCCAGUUCGUUCGCUGAAUGCUCGUUUGGUUUAGAACACAUCAUCAGAGAACUUGCUCAGCUUUACCAGAUUCAAGAAAGCGAAUACGACUAUGCAGGUGCUGCAGCAGACAUGUUGCUUUCAGGACAACCUCUUGAGAUACUGGAUGGUGAUUCCUUUUACAUUCCACUGGAGUGGUUUAAAGCUGUGUUUACUAAACUAGAGCAGAAAACAAAAAACGCCAAAAUAUUUGUAAUUUCUGUUUUAGGAAGGCAAAGUUUAGGUAAGUCGACAAUGUUAAACACUAUGUUUGGUUUAGAACUUCCAGUCAGUGCUGGGAGGUGUACUCGCGGAGCUUUUGCUAGUCUUCUUCCUGUCAGUGAUUCAAUUAAGUCGGGUUCAGGGUUUGAUUAUGUUUUGGUCAUCGAUACUGAAGGUCUUAAAGGAUCCGCAGAUCCUCAGUUACGAGAACACGACAACCAGUUAGCUACUUUUGCCACUGGUGUUUCCGAUGUCAUGAUUGUCAUUAAUUUUGGUGAAAAUUACAACGAAAUGAAGAGAUUUUUAGAAAUAGCCGUCCAUGCAUUCUUGAAGAUGAAUCUUGUUGAAGAGAGAAAGAUGUCUUGCAAAAUUGUCGAUCAAAAUGUUACCGAUCCAGAUGAAAAAGAUAAACAUGCCUCCAGAUUCAACCUCAAAAAAGAUCUCGACCAAAUGACGAGGCUUGCUGCUUUGCAGGAGAAUUGUGAACAAGAAUAUCGUACAUUCGAUGAUAUCAUUUCGUUUGAUGUAGAGAAAGACGUGUUCUGUAUACCAAGUCUUUGGAUGGGAAAUCCACUAAUGGCCCCAGUCAACCCUAAAUAUGGAAGAGCGGUUCAAAAGAUGAAGGAAAACGUCAUUGCAUCGAUGUAUUCGAAAGAUAUUUCUGAAAAAAAUUCUUUUUCCCAGUUCCGAAAUAAAGUGUACAACCUCUGGGAAGCCAUGUUGAAGUGCCCAUUGCGGAUUUCAAAUACAUAAAAGGUUUAAGGUAUUUUAAAAAACUUUGCAAUACAUUUUGUCAUAUGAAAACUUUUGUCUUGAUGGAUUUAUUAGCCUUAAAAGUUACCGGACAUGACGUAAAAUCAGGAAUGAAAAUCAGUUUUCUUCUGUUUCAGUUGCACGAAAUUUCCAAUUUGACGUCAUGUCCAGUAACUUUAAAGGCUAAUCCAUCAAACAUUUGAUAUAUUCAAAAUCUGCAACCAUGAUAUAGACACUUGAAUAGUUUGAAACAAUAGUUUGAAACAUUUUGGGUCAGAGUCAGAGCUUUUGGGUCACUGGACCGGAAAUAUUUCAAUAAAUCCGUGAACUUGAUGUUCAUAGGAAUGAACGAACUACCAACGAAUAUUGAAGUAGAUUUAAUGAGAUGCUCAUCGCGAGAGGAACUAAAUAUGAGAAUGAAAGAAGAAAGUGAAUGAAUUUUUGAAACGGACGAGUACAAGGCAAUUCUUGAACAAUGGAGAGGAAACACAAUAAAAUACAAUUGAAGCGCAAAAAUAAAUUAAAGUGCUCGAGGUUUGGAAAAAUUUUGAAUCAAUUACGAAGAUUACGAAGAAAUCAUUACGAACGGCGCAUUAGAGGUGACCUUGAAAGAAACCUGUGGCCACAGUUGGAACAGUAUUUUUUAAAUGUUUACGAAAGCAUUCCUAAGGUAAUAUUGGCUGCUAUAUCGUUCGUUCAAACACUUGGAAUUUCUAUUGAAUCAGCGCUAAACAGCACCAUGGGGCAAGUAGUAGUGAGCGAAUGUUGAAGGAAGGCAGGUUCCAAAGUCAAUUUCAUGCGCGUGUCCUCAUUCAACUUGCGGAGGAAUGUAAGUUUCAAGCCUACAAACCUUACCUAAGAAAUCAAGAUAUGUUUCUAAGGAUAAAGCUAAUGGAAUCAAUUGAAAACGACUGUUUAUAUAGAACAAGGAGCACCUCGCUUUUCGAAAGCGAAGUCAAAAGGAUAUGCGACGAAGUUUUUAUUGCUAUUUUAAUUGCCAACAGUAAAACACGAAAACUGACCUUUUGGAUUUAGUGAUUUCUAGAAGAGUGUGAAACACUGGUUGAAAAAAUCUUUCGUAUUAGAAAACUAACGAAAGAGCAUAAAAUAUAGUAAUAAAUGUUGACUACAAAUUCUAAACAUCAUAUUCUGGAUUUACCUACAUGCACAAAUAUCCUAUCAAAUAUCCUAAUCAACGACUUAAUUUAUACACAGCGUUCUGAUAAUGUGCGAUUAUUAUCAAUCAUUUCAUGUAGUAUAAUUACAACCUUAAUUUACGCAACAUUUUGACAACAUUCUAAUAUCACUAUAAUCACAUGCAUAUCACAUACGCACAACGCACUAAGUUGAACAGACACUUCAACAUUACCACAUAUCAAGACUUUGGUCAGAUCAACCAACCUUAUCUUUUCUCGAAGUUGGUUCCGGCACAGAGCAAUUGUGAACAAGUGAUUCUGGUGAAGAGCAAACGGCGAGAAAGAAAAAUCUGUAGAUUUUUUACUAAGAAAUUCUAAUAUAUAGUCACUUAGGCAUUUUUAGUCGAACUUCAGAGAUUUAAAUUACUAAUUCUAGCUAUAGUCAUGAUUGAAUGAACUCAAGUGCAACUAAAACAUUUACAACCGAGAGCUAUUAAUCCGCAUGUAAGAGAAUAAAACAUCCGGUGUGACGCGGUGUGUUGAAAAUCGUCAGUUUAGAUUUUAAAAUCAGCUAUUAAUCAGCCAUUUUCAAUUCGCCAUCAUAUUAGUUACUUCAUCUAACUAUUUCUCAGAAUGAAAAAAUCUAAUUUCAUCAAAUUUCAAAUAUUUCUUACCAAAAAACUGUCGAGAAAUGAAUUAUAUUACUUCGUAUGUGUCACACAUGAGAUCCAGUGGUACCUUGCACCGUUGGUACCUUAGAAAUGAAAAUAUUCCGAGAGACAUUUUGCAGAUCGUUUGUCCAAUCAGAAGAAUAACGAGUGUGGAACCAGGCUAUAAAAACCAUCCUUCGUCGUCCGUUGAGUGAUCUUAACUGAGCUAAAUCGACAAAAGAUCUUGACGGUCCAUGCUAGCUCGAAAAUAACAAACAAAACUCCAACUCAACUUCGACUAUGUAGUGUUUUAACAAGGAGAAUUGCGUGACGACGUUCCAUGAUGAAGCAUCGAAGUAAAGUGAUGCAUGAUUACAUUUUUCUAAAGCUAUAAACGAACAUUGACACUUGGUUAUCGAGGACUGAAAUUCUAUUUUGGAGUGCGUUAUUCGUGAAGAUCGACAAUGUAACUGCGAGAUUGAGAUUAAGAAAAGAAUCGGAAGAAAAUAUGAAUGAGGCAAAAAUAUUGUACAUGUGAUGAUGACAUUACCAAAGACAAAUAAGAUUUAUCCCAAACGACAGAAUGUUGAUUUAAAUUAACUUGUAAUGCCUUCAGUGGAAAUUGACACCUUGGAACAUCAUCAUAGAAACCAAAUCGUAAAUUUGGAAGAAAGAAAGAAAGAAUCAUGCGAUCAAAGAAGGUGAAGAAAAAGUCGACCAUGUUGUACAAUAUGAUGUGAAUGAUACAAACGAGGAUUAUAAAUUUGUGAAUUGUGAACCUUUGAAGAAUGUUGAUUCCGCUGUCAAAAAGGUGUCAAAUUAUGUGACCCAAGACUUGGCCCAUAAUUGUUGAUGAUCUGACUGGAUGAAUGACUACGGGAAAAUGUCAUUCUCAAAAUAUCUUCAUUUCACAAUUUUUUUAUGAAGCAUAUGAAAACACUCGUUUGAAAGCGAAAAAUAACGAUUCAUUUUUUACAUAUCCUGAUUGAAUUGUUCGGCAGCUUGAGCUGAAAACUUUUAUUCGUUCAAAAGUAAAAAUCUUCGAACAAAAUUAUGUCCAAUAACCUUUG